CAUCGAUCCCCUUCCCUACUGUCAACCGGCUGCGUUUUUGGGUAGCCAUGUUAACUUUUCCGUGAAUGAACAAAUUCAUUCAGUAAUUCGCCAAAAAUGUCCUAAAAGUGCACAAAUUUAGUAAAAAAUCAUAACUGCAUCCUUUGGCUAGUCAAUGAUAUCAGUGAAGUGUACUGCAAACCUAUUUAUCAUUGAAAAUUUCAGCAAUGUUUACAUAACGUCAACACCUCAUCAAGCGAGUCAAUGAACUCCCAAUAAUUUGUUAAAAAUCCAGUAUUUCUCUAAUUGGGCAAAAGGAAUCGAUGAAUGAAUUUGUUAUACGACAUCCUGGAGCUAUUUUAUGGGUAAUGAAAGUGUUAGUAUCAUGGAAACUGAAUCUAUAAAGUCUGAAAAUAGUUCGAGAUCUAGGCGCUCUCGCAGUCACCGCGAUAGAAAUAACUACAGGCAACACUCUCAUAGAAGCACAAGAAAAAAGCUGGUCUGGGCCCCAAUAGCGCAGAACUAAGCCUUCCUACCCCCUACUACUAGAGAAGAUUGAGUUGAUCAAAUAAACAGUGUUGACCAUGCAGUGCCCACAGUGUUGUCAGUCUGAUGAGGCUCGUGAGCAGGAACGAAUUAACGCAGAAAUUGAAAAGCAGUUGCGCAGAGAUAAAAGAGAUGCCCGCCGCGAACUUAAGCUACUCUUGCUGGGUACUGGUGAGUCCGGCAAGUCCACAUUCAUCAAACAAAUGCGCAUCAUCCAUGGCGCAGGUUAUUCAGACGAUGACAAACGAUCCUUUAUUAAGCUGGUCUACCAAAAUAUUUUUAUGGCUAUGCAAAGUAUGAUCAAGGCUAUGGAUAUGCUUAAAAUUCAAUAUAAUGACUCUUCUCAUCGCGAACAAGCUGAACUUAUUAAAAAUAUUGAUUAUGAAACAGUAACUACUUUUGAAAGUCCAUUUGUUGAGGCCAUUAGGGACCUGUGGAAUGAUAAUGGAAUACAAGAAUGUUAUGAUAGACGUAGAGAAUAUCAGUUAACUGAUUCUGCUAAAUAUUAUUUAAGUGAUAUAGAUCGAAUAAAGGCUCCCGACUAUUUACCCACCGAACAGGACAUUUUGAGGGCAAGAGCACCAACUACUGGAAUAAUUGAGUACCCAUUUGAUCUCGACAGCAUUAUAUUUAGAAUGGUCGAUGUUGGUGGUCAGAGAUCUGAAAGAAGAAAGUGGAUCCAUUGCUUUGAAAACGUUACGUCCAUUAUUUUUCUGGUGGCUCUCAGUGAAUAUGAUCAGAUUUUAUUCGAGUCUGAAAACGAAAAUCGUAUGGAAGAGUCCAAAGCCCUAUUUAAAACUAUUAUUACUUAUCCAUGGUUCCAGCACUCGUCUGUUAUAUUGUUCUUGAACAAAAAGGAUCUUCUAGAAGAAAAAAUUAUGUAUUCUCACUUGGUUGAUUAUUUCCCUGAAUAUGAUGGUCCUCAACGGGACGCCAUAGCAGCUAGAGAAUUUAUUUUAAGAAUGUUUGUCGACCUAAACCCAGAUAGUGAAAAAAUAAUUUAUUCUCAUUUUACGUGUGCUACAGACACUGAGAAUAUAAAAUUUGUGUUUGCAGCUGUCAAAGAUACCAUCCUACAAUCGAACUUGCGGGAAUACAACUUGGUUUAGAUUUACUUGUCACUUUGUUGUAACGGAUUUGAGUCAUUAACGUCCUCCCUUAAGAGUGAAACUAAACCGAAGGGUCUGCGAAAUUAAUGAGAAUAAACUUAUAUUGUGAUGGAAUAACUAACUGUCUAAUUAUAUGUAAUCUGUGUCAAGUGUGUGCUUCACUUAAUGUGCCAUUUUUAUACAGAUAGAAUAUUAUGGACUUAGUCUAAAAAAUGUGAGAAAGGCUUGACUUUAAUUGACUAUAUAAAUAUUGCUGCUGUAUAAAUGGUGGUCCAUAGAGUUGAUAACAAAUGGAAAACGUUUUUAUUAAUAAUUAUUGCUAUUGAAAAUAUCAUUUUUGAUGAAAUUUAGCGCAUAAUAAUAUAAGACAAAAUAAAUAAAACAACAAAAUUGACUACCCUAAAAAAACUCGAUGGUCUUUGCACAAAUAAUAAUAAUACGUUUGAACUACCUAAUACUGUGUAAAUAAAUUAUAAAAAAGAAGAUUUUUAUAAUUAUUUAUAAUUUAUUGUGAAAAUAAUUUUAAUUUUUUUAUGUAUUGUUUAUCUUUUGAUGUAAGUAAUCACAUGUUUACUUUAUGGUUAUUUUGAUACUACAUAUUUUAAUUUGUCCCAAUUGCAUAGGAUUUAACAAAAAAAAAAAAAUGUAUAUAUAAAGCUACUCAACUACCAGAAUAGAUAACAGUGUUUCUAUGUUGUAUAUGUAAUGAAUUUGAGCGGGAUAGAAUAAAAAAGUUCCAAAAAUAUUGCUUUAAGGCUGAAUCAAUUAGGGGUAGUUUAUUUUUGUCAGGAAAAAGUGUACAAUAUUUCAAAACAGUUGUAUGCUUUAGUUUCGUAGUGAACAAUGUCCUUGUUUUUGUUAAUAUUGAAUGACAAAAAGUUCUGAAAGUUCCUAAUUUGUAUCCAUUUUGCUAUGUUAUUAUACAAAUCUGAUGUUUUGCUUUCCAUCACCAUUUUGAUGUGAUUUAGCGCACAUUUAAUAAAAACAGAAUUAUUACGCACAAACUUUUUGUCAUUCUUUGGUAAAAUAUAGAAACCUUAUUUGUUACUUACUUAGGCCCAAAAAAAAAAACGUUUAAACUUUUACAUUUUUAUCAAGAAUGUCAUUUUUGGUGGAAUUAAUAGCUAUAAAUAAAAUAAAGUUUCCCAUUGGUUCCAUGAUUUAUGUUGUUGGACUAUCCAUGUAGAAAUAAUAAUAAUUUUUAUAAAUUUUUGCAAAAAUUUCUUUUUAGGAAUAUGUACUACAUUUGUGUGGGUUGUUUUAGUAUUACUGUUAUGAUUUUGAAUGUGACCCAUUAACUACUUGAGUAACCACAAGCACAAAUCAUAUUUAUCGUAUAACAUAGAUGAAAUAAGGCUUUUUCUAUUCUUCAUAACCCCAAAUCUAUACGUCUUGUAAGUAAUCAUAGAGAAUUCCAAAAAUCAGAAUUUUAUGAACAUGUAAACGUUUGUACUAAAGACAAUACAUUAUGUCUAAUCUUC